CCGACGCUGCGCCGCGCACACACCGGAGACUCCUUUCCUGGAGGAAUAUGGGCUGUUUUUGUUGAUUUCUGCGUUUGUGAUUAAAACCUGUGGAUUUUUAUAUUUCCUGUCGUCUCGUCCGCCAGGCUGAGAAGGAGCCGGCGGGAGGAGGACUGCUGGACACCCUGUGGGAGAAGCGGCUUUUUAUUUUUGUUUUACGCUGCACAGAAACGCCAACAAAGAGCAUUCGGGAAGUAGCCCGCUGCGAUAACGCAACUUAGUUCAGCAACAAACACAAAGUGCGGCGGUGGACACGCGCGUCAACAUGCUGCGCAACAGAACCCUGCGUGCGCUCCUCACGCUGUCGUGUUGUGUGCUGUUCCUGAACGCGGGGAUGUUCCGGGUGAACGCGCAGUACGGGGACCGGGGCAUGUCGAUCCCGGAGCACGGGUUCUGUCAGCCCAUCUCCAUUCCGCUGUGCACGGACAUCGCGUACAACGAGACGAUCAUGCCAAACCUGCUGGGUCACACCAACCAGGAGGACGCGGGGCUGGAGGUGCACCAGUUCUACCCGCUGGUGAAGGUGCAGUGCUCCCCGGACCUCAAGUUCUUCCUCUGCUCCAUGUACGCGCCCGUGUGCACGGUGCUCGAGCAGGCGCUGCCGCCGUGCCGCUCUCUGUGCGAGCGGGCGCGCCAGGGCUGCGAGGCGCUCAUGAACAAGUUCGGCUUCCAGUGGCCCGACAGCCUGGCGUGCGAGUCCUUCCCGGUGCACGGCGCCGGGGAGCUGUGCGUCGGCCAGAACAUGUCGGACCGCACCGAGCCGGAGCCCCCCGCUCCCUACCCCACCGACAACCCGCAGACAGGCCCCAUGAGCGGUCAGUUCAGGUGCCCGGCCUCGCUCCAGGUGCCCCCCUAUCUGAACUACCGCUUCCUCGGGCAGGAGAACUGCGGGGCCCCGUGCGAGCCAAAGAGAUCCCACGGGAUGAUGUACUUCAGCGAGGAGGAGCUCAAAUUCGCCAAAAUCUGGAUCGGCAUCUGGUCGGUGCUCUGCUGCGCUUCCACCUUAUUCACCGUGCUGACCUACCUGGUGGACAUGAAGCGCUUCAGCUACCCCGAGCGGCCGAUCGUCUUCCUCUCGGGGUGUUACACCAUGGUGUCCAUCGCCUACAUCACUGGGUUUUUACUGGAGGACAAGGUGGUUUGCAAUGACAGAUUUGAUAACGACAUACGGACUGUGGUGCAGGGGACUAAGAAGGAGGGCUGCACCAUCCUCUUCAUGAUGCUCUACUUCUUCAGCAUGGCCAGCUCAAUCUGGUGGGUCAUCUUGGCCCUCACCUGGUUCCUGGCAGCCGGGAUGAAGUGGGGCCAUGAAGCCAUCGAGGCUAACUCUCAGUACUUCCACCUGGCAGCCUGGGCCGUGCCCGCCAUCAAGACUAUUACCAUCCUGGCUGUUGGGCAGGUAGAUGGAGAUGUGUUGAGUGGCGUCUGCUUUGUGGGCAUCAACAGUGUGGACGCCCAGCGGGGCUUCGUCCUGGCACCGCUGUUUGUUUACCUCUUCAUCGGGACCUCCUUCCUCUUGGCGGGCUUUGUGUCCCUGUUCCGCAUCCGGACCAUCAUGAAGCACGACGGCACCAAGACGGAGAAGCUGGAGAAGCUGAUGGUGCGGAUAGGGAUCUUCAGCGUGCUGUACACCGUGCCCGCCACCAUCGUCAUCGCCUGCAAUUUCUACGAGCAGGCCUUCCGGGAGCAGUGGGAGAGGACGUGGAUCAGCCAGACGUGUAAGACGUACGCUGUGCCCUGUCCGGUCCAGAACCACCCCAACAUGAGCCCGGACUUCACUGUCUUCAUGAUAAAGUAUCUCAUGACACUCAUCGUGGGCAUCACGUCCGGAUUUUGGAUUUGGUCCGGGAAAACACUCAACUCCUGGAGGAGGUUUUACACAAGACUGGCCAACAGUAAACAGGGUGAGACCACGGUGUAAUGUGGGGCCACCGCACACAGACUGACAAACUGAAUGAUAAUCCUCUUUAUUAUUUCCAUCUGAAUUGUCUUUGAGACACUCUGUAUGUUUUUUUUAAAAUGUACAUAUGCAUUUGUGAGAUUUUUGUAAGUAUAUAUUUGUAUUUAAAGAUUUUUACGAUUUCUUUCUUUUUCGAAGAAUUCAUUAUUUUUUUUUUCACGGACUCACUGUGGACACUACUGGGAGCAUUUCACGUCGAGUGUUUGCGCCUUUGAUCAGAGCGCUGCCUGUGAGCAGCGGGGUCUAUUCUGAGCAGAGUCCCGUGAAACCCAAGUGCUUCCUCGUGGCUGCCUCCUCAUCCUUCACCCUGAUUAACCAGCUGCAGUGUGUCUGUUGUGCGUUUGAGCCGCAGUUGUCUGGGUCUGGAGGGACAUGUCAGCCGGCUGGGACAAGCGACGGUGCCCAGGUUGUGAAUGUGAGUCGUUGUGACAGAUGGUUGCGGCCUGUAGCUCAGGUCGCGACGGUUCAAACAUUCCUAUCCAAAUAAAACACAGGUAUUCAUGACAGAUUGAAGGACCAGACCAGUGUUGUUGCAUGUUUUAAUCCUUUCGAUUGUGUCUUUUUUAAUUGAGAUUUUCAUUGCGUUUUUCCCGCUGUCCUGGAAACAGCUUUUUUCCAGUCAGAUAUGAAAAAUCUGCUUACAGUGGUCCUCAUGGCUGAGCUCUAUUUCGUUCAAAAUGUUGUCGUUGCAUUACAGUGCAUGUGUCAAAUCAAACCAAACUGAAAAGAAGCUGCAUUAGGACACAACAAUAACACAACUUUGACAAAAAUAGGAAACAGACUUCACACGUUUAAGGUGACCAUUUGAUUGAUUUACUGGGAUGACAGGAGCAGGAACCAGGGGCUUUCUGAAAGGAAGGAAAACAUAAAAAUACUGUGAUGUCAGCUGUUAUGAAAGCGAUGGUCUAAAACAUGCAAACACACGGUGCUCCUUGACAACAGUGUUUCAAACAGCAUUAGCACAGUGUGUAUUUUUGUUUAGUGAAUUUAGAAAAUCCACUCCAGUGGCAAUUUGAGUUCUUAAAAUACAAAACUGGAAAACAAACAAAGCGUAAGACAUCUGUGUCUUUAACCACAUGUAUAACUUGUACCAUUUUCUGCAUUCAGUGCUAUGUAAAAUCACUGGACACCCUUUGAGCAUUUUACAGUUUGUUUAACUAAUCAAUAUUUAAAAAAUGUCACAUUUUCUUACAAUUUUCUAUUAAACCACAGCACUGAGAACUACAUUUCAUGCAUUCAAAUAAGUAGUGUGAGCAAAAAUAGGUUAAUCAGUGUACAGUUUGAAUCAGCGGUAAAUUAAUUGAUCCUUGAAAUAAUCUGGACUAUUUUUUGAAAAUGUAUUCAUUAUUUCAGUAAUUUCUCAAGCAAAACUUCCAAUCAUCUGCAGGCUCUGGUUUCUCCCAUGUGAGAAUUGUCUGCUCCUGCUUUGGUCACGUAUGAGCUGAAUAUUCUGGGCCCUUGGAUUGUCAGUGCACCAAAAAAAACAACUAUUUCAAUACGCGACCUCAGGCCUUUCAGUGAGCAUUUGUGUCAGGAUUCAGACAUAGUAAAUAAUAAAUAAAGUAAAAUAGCAGAUUUAUUAAUGAAAAUGAGCGAGACUUCAUCAGAUGAAAUGUGUGAAAACUAUUGACGUCUCUUUGAAGCUGUGACUGCAGGUGCUGUAAAUGAUGCAUAACUGUCAUCUGCAAACAUUUUGACUACUGCCAGGGAAAAUCCAAAACUAAUCACAGUAGAGUUAUGAAAUAUUUUUGGGCGCAGAAGAAAAAAUUGCUUUUUGGAAUGGCAACUAGAUAGAUAACUUUUGGGGUCAGGGUAAAUCAGUUAAGAAAAGAAGCAACACUGAUAUUGCUUUAUGUGACGUAAGAGAUGACUUUAGAUGAGGUUGUCAGUUACUGAGCUGUAAAUGCAUCUGGAUGUUUCUUUUCUUUUAUUUUGUUUAGAUAAUCUACUUAUAAAAUCAUCAUGGCACAUUUAAAAAGCAUUUUCUAUUAUUAGUGUAAUUCAGCAACGGUCAUUAGAAGUAAUAGAAUUUCCUUAGGGGGUGUCCAGACGGAAACAUGGCAUUGUGAAUAUGGCUCUCAAGCUGAUCAUAGGAGAGGUUGUCUGUCCUGCACAUAUCACCAAUGUUUGUAACAAUACAUGUUUUUGAAUUGUUGUUUUAUUUUUUUAUAUGACCCUAACCUGGAGGGUGAAUAUGUCAGUUAUUGCUGCGAGGCGACUUGGGAGGUGCAUGCAGGGUAAUAUGACCCCAGUGAGCGUAGCUGUGUGUGUGCACGGUGGGACUGAAGAGCAGCCAGCAGCUUGCAUGUCUUCCACUGCAGGAGAAAGGAAGCCUUGUGCUGAAAUGCAGAGCAGCUGCUGUCAGUGCAGCUCAGCUCACACACACAUCAUGACUUGUGUUCUUGUCAAAUGCUCUUCCACAUGGUGCUUCCGAUUCAUAAUAAUCCUUUCAUUGUGUUGACGGCUCUACAAUAGUCAUGGCUUUGAAGUAAUUUCCCUUGCAUUUGCUAUGAAGAGAACCUUUAUAUUUAUAGAAAAAAGAAAUAUAUACGAUCGAUUUCUUUAUGAGAAUAAAAAAAGUCUCACCCUUGUAACUGUCGAGCAUUUGUAAAAUGUCUUUUGUUCUGUAAAAAUGCCAAAGAAACAUAAACCUGC